CCAGACUACCAACGGUGCGCCUGACAGGCUGUUUUCCUUCUUCAUCAUUACACUCUGCCACGGGUCUUGCGUCCCAACCAAGAAAAGCUGACUAUUGCGUAAUGGAGCUGCUUGGGUGGUGGCAUUUAGGUUCGACCGACCAGUGCGAAAGCGCCCUGGUCAAACCACAACACAUGAUGGCUGCGUUGGUCAAGAGAGGUCAGGUUUGGUCAGACGACUAGGAGAAUAAACGUGUGGCCGCGUGCGUUUACGAGCGGAGCGGCUGGGUGUCUGUUGUCUUAUGAUUUCGAUUCAUCCGAAGUUCUUGGGUUGUUCUUUGGUCCACAUAAGCCUAGGACCCCAGCUGUGCCCCAGGCUUCGAGCGACCGAUCGGACGAUGUCCAAGUAACGUAGCCAGAAAGAGUGGGCACGCAGCAAGGAUUCUCAGGGGGGUUGGAAGGCCGGAUGCUGUGUCGCUGUCCCGCUGACAACACACUCGCAUGAGUUGAUCUUUUCGAUGGGGAGCCCGGGCGCCAUACGAAUGCUAGCGAGACUCGUAUUAUGAGAAACCCUUUCGCUAGGGCUACAUGGUAAGCCAGGGCGUCAACCAGCGCGAGGAUCGGCAUCCGCUAGAGGCCGGUAAUCGCGCGGGUCGGCGUCAGAGAAUCCACGAGACUGGUCAGCUCUGGAAGACGGCAGAGAGCGGGAGAGUGGGCGUCAAACGCAAGACGAACAAAUAA